AUGGGCAAGAAAUUGGCCAAUUGGUACUUUGCCAUUGUGGCGGCCCUUUGCAUGGUGUUGUACGGUUACGAUGCAUCGGUCUUCAACUCUGUGCAAGGCUCGGACAACUGGUUCGAGUGGAUGAACGUCGACAAAGACAAGGACACACAGAUGCUCGGGUUGAUCAACACUAGUUACACAAUCGGUGCCAUCAUCGCCGGCUUCUUUCUCGGUGGGCCCUUGGCUGAUUAUCUCGGUCGACGAUGGGGCAUGUGGGCUGGCUGCUUCCUCACCAUCGUUGCAACCUUCAUGCAGGCCUUCACUCCUCAUCACAAGAUUGGCGUCUUCAUCGCCGGUCGCGUCAUUAUUGGUAUUGGACAAGGUCUCGCUUUGACCGCUGCACCCGUGUACAUAAAUGAGAUUGCGCCGGCCGAAAUCCGUGGAAGGAUCAUGACCAUCUGGCAGAUGAACUACUCCGUUGGUAGUUUCAUUGCUUACUGGGUCAACUACGCCUGCUCCUCUCGUCGCGAGAGGCUUGGCCAGUGGGACUGGAAAAUGGUGGUCAUGUUCCAGAUCCUCGUGCCUGCCUUGGUCUGCAUCGCCCUACCUUUCAUCCCCGAGACAGCGCGCUGGCACAUCAAGAAGAACGGUAACAUCGAGGCGGCUCGCGCGUCUCUUGCUCGUAUGCGAGACACCGAGCAGGAGGUCGAAGAGGAGCUUCUCGCCAUCCGCAGUGCUGUGGAGUACGAGAAGGAGGCAAUCUCCAGCACAUCAUACGCUGCCUUAUUCCGCGACCCGUCUGUCCGCAAGCGUCUCAUCCUCGCAUUCAUCCUUAAUAUUGGCCAGCAACUCACUGGGCAGGGCACUCUCAACUCGUACUCGACAAGCAUCUACCGCCAGAUCUGGAACAAUCCCCAGACAAUUAACCUCAUCAACGCCCUCAACGCCACGUUUGGCAUCCUCUUCACAUUGAAUGCCAUGUGGACUUCGGACCGAUACGGGCGUCGCUGGCUGCUCAUCGUCGGUGCCAUUGGCAUGGGCGUCUGCAUGCUGAUCGUAUCGCUUGUCGGCCUCAAAACCCCGACAGUCUACACCGAGGAGAGCCCCGACGGCGUCAAGUCAGAGCCUGUCGGCAUUGGAAUUGUCUUCCUCCUGUUCCUCUUCACCUUCUUCUACAAGCCUUCAUGGGGUGCCACCGUGUGGAUGUGGACGGCUGAAGUCUUCUCCGUGAACAUCCGUGCGCAGGCCGUCGGCAUGUCAUCACAGAUGCAGAACGUUGCCAACACCAUCUUCCAGCAGUUCUUCCCCGAGUUUCUUGCCAAUGAAGGCCUCAAAUGCCUCUUCUUCUUCAUGUCAGUCAACUUCUGUCUCGCCGCCUACGUCUGGUUCUUCAUUCCCGAGACGAAGCAGGUGCCUCUGGAGGAGAUUGAUGUUCUGUUUGGCGGAGUUUCCCACUCUGGUAAGGGUGGUGAUAUUCUUGGUGAGAAGGUGGCGGAUCCUUCUACGACCAAGGAUGCUGCAGAGGUCACUGCUGUCCAUGCAGCAACUACUGAGAAGCAAACCGUUUGA